AAGUAACAAACCAUCGCACGUCAAAAAUAACAAGCCACGUGCGCGCGUCCAAAAUAAAAUAAGGCAAACCUACACAAGAGCCUUUUCCUUAAAUCAGAGAACUUGGCAAAUACAUUAAUAAUUCGCCGUUGAUAGAGUCCAACUCCGAGAUUACGAUCGUUUGACGCAUACGACAAGCUCUGUUUGCUCUGGUCAACGAAAUCACACAUUUCUACUGUGAAUGUAAAUAGACCUCGCGCCGACUGACUGUGGAUAGAACCCCUUGAGCCUCAUAACGUUUGCUAGUACCUCGUCACGGCGAAAGGGUGUCGAACAAAUAUUAUCCCUCGGCGUUUCCGUCAUCGUGACACCCUCGAGUCUCCCGCCUCUACGGACUUGCUAACACUCCAAUACCGACACGAUCCCACGCCGAUCAACGAUCAUCCUGGUAUUGUCGCGAGGUCGACUAGUUGGUUCGAUGUCGCGGACGAGGUUCCUUUUUUGACGAAGUGAAUUUGUCAGCCUUGCUCUAGUAUUACUUUUUUUUUAAAAUAAUUGUUGAAGUGUUAUAAAAAUGGGGAGAACACUUCCGAUACCAGUGCCUUGCAAGGUAUGCGGUGACCGAUCGUACGGCAAGCAUUACGGGGUGUAUUGUUGUGACGGAUGCUCCUGCUUUUUCAAGAGGUCUAUUCGUCGAGGAGUUCUCUACACUUGCAUAGCUGGAAAUGGAAGCUGCGUGAUUGACAAGGCUCGAAGGAACUGGUGUCCACACUGCCGAUUGAAAAAGUGCUUUGCUGUCAGCAUGAACACGGCAGCCGUUCAAGAAGAGAGAGGUCCACGAUCCAGAAGCAAAGCAUACUCGAUCGAGUCAAAUUACACGUGGAAAAUUUCGGCAAAUGUUAACAACAAGAGCCCAGACAACGCUAACGUGACUACCAACAUAAUCAGCUCCCAAAUCAGAGAAUCCACAUUCACUACGAGAAAUCUGAGCAAACUGUACGUAAAUCCAGAAUUGUCGCCACUUCCUAUUCUGGGUUCCUCUAUUUUCCCAAGUAUAGUCACAAAUGGUGAGGCGAUUCAAUACGAAGUUGCUGCCCAAAUUUUUCUGGCAAUCAUUCGUGGAGCUCGUCGACAUCAAGAGUUCUCCUCGAUAUCGUUCGAGGAACAGAAUACGAUUUUGCACAAAAAUUGGGCAGCAUUGUUUCUCCUCCGCUCAACGUCGUGGCCCUACGUCUUCGACAAUUUUCAAAGCAAUUCAAACACGGAAAAAAGUGGAUUGUUUCAUUUGAAAACAUCGCGGGAGGCUAUCGUGGCAUUGAAUCUGGACGACGUUGAAUUUCUGGCCUUAGAAACGAUCUUACUCUGUCGAAAAGAGCUAGCCGAGUCGAGCACUACAGCACAGACACUUUCGAAAGGUCAAGAAAUAGCCAUACAAACUCUCGUUCGCCAUCUCCAAGGGCGUGAAGAUCGAGAACGACGAUUAAUUGAAUUGCUUUUGCUGUUGCCUUUGUUGACUUCUUGUUGCCCAAGAGAACUAGCAAAUUACCUGUUUGCACCUAUUAUUGGUAACGCGGCACUUGAGAAGGUCAUUGCUUCGAUCCAAUAAAAUGAAUGAAAAUCUGUGAGACAUUAUUCUAGUCAGCUCCUAGUGAUCGUAUUUUAAUUGUAAAGCUUUGAAAUUUUGUACAUAAAAAUAAAAAUUGGUUUACCAAAUGA